AUGGUUCGCUUGGGAUUAAAAGGCAGCCGGCUGCCAAGUCUCGUACUUGCCUGCCUUUUGGCAGUCUUGGCCCACGCCCAAGGAACCAACGAGACAUCCGAGCUUCAGAUUUACAACUCGUCGACGACGUACCACUACGUGGGAUGCUGGAAUGAGACGACGGGCAUUGCACAGUCGACGGGGGCGCGCGCCCUGCCGGAUAUCUCUCUGGCGCAGCCAGACACCAUGACGGUCGAGAUAUGUCUCGACUUUUGUGCCAACAACCAAAGCACGCCCUACAACUACGCUGGGCUCGAGUAUAGCCGGGAAUGCUGGUGUGCCAAUAAACUGAGCAGACUGAGUGUCCAAUUGGCUGAUGCUGAAUGCAAUACUCCUUGCGAUGGCAACCAGACGGACGCCUGCGGAGGAGCGCUGAAGCUGAGCCUGUACAACAUCACAACAGCCGAUACCAAGAGUGGAUCCCCCGCCAUCAGGAUGGAGACGGCAAACAUGGCAUUUCUGGCAUUGGCAUUGACGGUUACUGCAGCACUGUUUUAA